AUGGAGCAGACUCCCGGACAAACCCCUGUAACAGUAGACACCCAAUACUUCCAUGAGGUUCUUACGCACUUCAACGAAGACGGGUAUCUUACUAAUAAGAAUACUAGAUUUAACAUCAAGUGUUAUAUUUGCCAGGUCGCACAUCUAAGCCUCGUAAACUAUGACUUUGAUAAAAAGUCACGAACCACUCACGAACCUUUUGCAGUUCUGCCCAGAUGUGGUCAUGCCUUCGGCUACGAAUGUAUUUCCCAGUGGCUGAUGAAAGACAUCAAUGUAGAAAAUCCCAAGUGUCCAACAUGCCGUGCGGAUGUCUUCCGCAGCAGGAUGCAACCCGAGGUACUCCACAUCUUCGGCACCUGUGAGCCGGAAGAGCAACACCUGGAGAUAGUCGCCAUUAGGGAGAGUCUUCGCAGAAACGAUACGCCGCCAACACAGCCAUCGGAGCCAAGAACAGGCAUGGAAUUGCCGAGGGAACCAGGAUGGGUCCUUCUAGGGAAUCCUACCGUGUUGUUUCUAAGUGAAGAAGAAGAGCAAAGAGCCUUCGGAAUGCUACGGGGACUUGAUCCGUCAGGGCGACGAUGGUAG